CUUUCGCCCUCGUGGCUCUGUCUCUUCACCGUUCCUUCGACGUUUGGUUUCUACAACCGAAGGUUACCAAUCGAUAACCCUCCAUGUACUCCAUCUCUUUGCAAGGAAUCCAUCAUCAUUUAUAGAUUCCUUUCGCUUUCCUCCCUCUGAUUCUAUUUAUAUAUUUUCCUCCUCAUAAAUCUCUUCAAUCCAACAAUAUAUAAUCUCAUCAACAGCAAAACCACUGUCUCCAGCAAUCUUAAUUCCAAGCAACCGAACGGAAAUGGAGGGGCCCAGCCGAUCGACUUUAGAGCUUCUUCUUCCACUUUUCUCUGCAACAAACCGUGAAUGAAGCUAUUGUUUCAGAGCUGCACGGUGAAUGUUCCAGUGAAUGAGCAUUGCGAUUUUUGUUCCCAUGUAUAUUUUAUAUUGAUUCAUUCAGUGAGCAUUGCCUUUUUUGCGUAAUUCAAUCCAUUUAUAAACAAAAAUGGGUGUUGUCCUCACGGAUGUUGUUGCUGCAUUUGAGAUUAUGAAAUGCACCAACGUAGAAGUACAAAAUCAGGGUUCAGCUCUCACAGUUUCUGUGGACAACACAACUGGCUGUCAGUUAUACCUAAACAAAGACUCAUUAGAAACAGCUCUAACAGUUCCAAGUCGAGUGAGAUCAAUGUAAUGGUUCCUCGUGCUUCCCCUGAUGGAGAUUGGCUUUGAUUUGCAGCACAGUCCGACCUCUAUGCCAAAGAUACAACUUCGGAUGUUCAGAGUCUUGGAUGAUAAGGGAUCCAACACUCAACACGGUCUGUUUAAUGUAUAUAGGCUUCUCUUAUAUCAUGUUUCGUGAUGUCUUACAGUAGAUCUUUUCUUUCCUCUGUAGAUGUAAAAAGUUGGUUUGAUGGCUCUUAAGUCUUACAAUUAUAUGUUACAUGACCUUUUCUGUAGAAGUCAAUAGUUUUUGUUAAGCUAUAGAAGAUGUCUUUCUGCUCGUGUGUCUUGAUCGUUACGUACUCCCGAAGUUUUUGUCCAGCCUUAUUUAAUUUUACAUAAACAAAUCUUUGUUUAUGAAAAUAGAAAAAUAUGAAUGUUGUAAAGUGCAAAUCUGAUGUUAUUAUUUCCGUUUAAUC